UUUAAUGGACCGUUCCAUGGAAUUGGAAGUUGAGGAUCGUCUGAAGGAGCUCCGCAUUACAGCUAUGAGGUCAGUGUCGAAGAAGGCUGCCGCCAACAAUUUGAAAAGCUUCAACAAGAUACGAAUGGGUCUGGAGGCGUCUUGGAUGAGGGAGAAGACGGAGUUCAUUGAAGAACACAACAAGGUUCUGAGCUUGCUCAGAACCAAUUUACCUCGCACCUCUUCUAGUGGUCCGGUUUUGACCGGUCACAAACAGAAGAAAGCAUUAGCUUAUGCUGAGGUGGUGAAGAAAUUGAACCACGCGAGGCUCAAUGCACUGCGGUUCAAUCCGGCGACGGCUUUUAGGGAUUCCUACACGAGCUUAUCCGUUAGAGAAUCCACAGGAAAAAUUAGCAUUCGCGAAAUCUGGGAUUUAGUCCGGAUGCUGGCAGGUGAGGAUAUCAUACACCAUAGCCGUAAACACCGAAGCAUUUCAAAUGAAAUGUCAUUGGUACUUGGUGCAAAGCGCUACCUGGAAUGGAGGCAUGUGAAAUACAUCAUGAGCAGAAUCUCAGAGGAUCCUGUACUGGCUGCCCUGGGAGGGGAGGUUGUAAACUUGAAACAAAUCCGCGCAUUCCUCAGGGUGCAUUUAAAAGAUUAUGGAGUUCUAGAUUUUGAUGCAGGUCAUGAUGCUUGUAGUCCGCCUCCUGUCGAUACCACUUGGCAGCAGAUUUACUUUUGCAUGAGAGCUGGGUAUUAUGAUGAAGCAAGAACCGUUGCUUCAUCAUCAAAUGCUUCACAGGAGUUUGCGCCUCUGCUCAAUGAGUGGAUUACAUCUGGAGGGAUGGUGUCUGUGGAGAUUGCAGCCACAGCUUCUGAUGAAUUGGAUAUGAUGUUAAGACCAGUUAAUGUUAAGGGUGGAGCUGGAUAUGAGAAGGAAAAGUUGUUACUAUAUUCUCUCAUAUCUGGUUCAAGAAGCCUUUUUGACAGCCUGCUAGAAGAUCAGCCAACUCUAUUCGACACUGAAGAGGAUUUCUACUGGUUUAGAUUAUCAUCUAUAAGAGAACCAGUUGGAGCUGCAUCCACUGUUAUGAAUGCUGGCUUGGAACCAUACACAUUGAAGGAUUUGCAGGUCUAUGUGAAUAACUCUGCCCCAGGAACUUAUACAACAAAUGGAGCAGACCCUCUGAUGUAUCCUUAUGUUUUGCUUUUAAGUAUCCAGUUGAUAACAGCUAUCGUAUACAUGUCUAAUGAAAUUGGAGGUGAAGGGUAUAACAUUGAUGCUGCCCACAUAUCAAUUGCGCUAGCGGACCACGGUGUCCUCUCUGAAGUUGCUGGUGCCGGACAAGGGAUUGGUGUGAUGGAUGCUUAUGAAAAGGCAUCUCGCAUCACCAAGCAGUAUGGAUCUGUGAAUUUCCUUCCUGAUAAUCUAUCAAUGGCUUUAGAAUAUUAUGCACAAGCUGCUGCUGUCCUUGGUGGUGGACGGUUGUCGUGGCCUAUAAGAGGUAAUGUGGAUCAGCAAAGGCAGAGAAAUUUGAUGCUGAAGCACGUCCUGACAGAGCUUUUGAUGCGAGAGGGUGGUAUCUGCCUUCUUCUUGGUUCAAGAGGCAAGGAAGGUGAACUGUCAAGGUUUUUCACUGAUGUGGAAGGAAGGAUACAGUUCCUGCAUGAAGCUGCUCAGCAGUGUCAGGAAGUUGGGUUAUCUGACAAGUCUUUGGAGAUUACCAAUCGCAUUGGAGACGGUUGAAGCUGAUGAACGUGAUACAGAGUUUCCGAUCGCUUCCAACUCUUCACCUAGUCUACCUCUGCCUAUGUUAAGCCAACUUGUUGCCCAAUUUUAUUCUUUUCUAAUCUCUGUGUUUAAUACUUACCUUGUAUAACCUGAACAUGAUAUAAAUAUGCAGUACAAUUGAUCCUCUUGUGUGAGAGGAGGUUUACCAAGUUUUCCUAUGGAACGUUGGG